GAUAGAUAGAUAAACUUUAUUGUCCACCUCGAAUCGAGGCAGAAAUUAGCCUUUGACAUGGCUCACCUUACAAUACUAUCCAUAUCACAUUCACACAAAUACAUUAUUCAGUCAUCCAUCCAUCCCUCUCUCUCUCUCUCUCUAACACACACACACACACACACACACACACACACACACACACACACACACACACACACACACACACACACACACACACACACACACACACACACACACACACACACACACACAAUUUGCUGGCAUAACCUUAAGAAUUUGUUGAUCUAAAGGUAAGCUGAAACGGUUUGAAGAAUUGUAUUAUUAAUACAUUUAUUUACAUGAUGUGAUGUCUUACAGGCUUGUCUAUUAGGAUGAAGAGAAAAUUGAUAUUUUCAAGAAGGGUGGAGGUGAACUUCAGGAGAGGGCCUACUGGAUAUCUCAGGCAAAAUCCCUCAGAUGAAGCCAAGAAAAUCAAGAACAACCCAGCUUGCUCCAACGUCCUCUCAUCCUUCAGAGAUGGAAGCUGAUGAAGAGCUGGAAACAAUGAUGCUUUCUUUGUCUCCAUCCAAGCUCCUUCCUCGUGAUGGCUCAAAGGAGAAAACUGAACAAAAGACACUGGCUGCCUGUCCACCAGCUAUUGCAUGCCACCCGGGAAAAGUCAAAGCAUCAGCAGCAGCCUCACAACCAGACCAGUCUGAUGAUUGCAGCACCCCCGUCUCCUCUGCAUCAGGUCCUGCAUCUUUGAAGCCUCCACUACCAGUUCCUCCAGAGUUACUUGCCCUCAAAAUUCCAUUGAGGAAAACCACACCACCCUUAAGACUGAAGCCGGUAUCGGUCCUUGCACUCCUUCCGGGAACGCCUGCAGCAUCUUCAGCUUCCUCAGCAUCACCUGCAGUUUCUGGUCAGUCGGUGUUAGGCUACCCCACCACACCUGCUCCUCCUUCAGCAGUCUCUGCAGCGAGAGAUCCACCAGCUCAGUCUCAUAGACCUGCUGUCCCACCGAUGCCCAGCUACGAACAGGAUAUGAGCCGAUGGAACUGCUCUCACCAGCAAAGGAUUUGGAUGAAGAUGGAGAUGGAAUCCCUGGGUCUGUGGCCUGGAUCUCGACCGGUGAGACACCCAAUGAACAUGAUCUCAUUGUGGCGUAACCUGCCUCAGCCAGAGCUCAUCGACUCCAUCUAUGAACUGCCAUCACCCAAAUAUUUUCAGCUGCAACCAUUUUUCAUCUGGAAAUAAUUUUUUCUGUUUUCUUUAAGAGAUGGAAGCUGAUGAAGAGCUAGAAACAAUGAUGCUUUCUUUGUCUCCAUCCAAGCUCCUUCCUCGUGAUGGUAACAACAAAGCCCUUCAUAAGCAUAAAAUCACAUUCAAACAAGGCCGAGACAGUCCUCAUGUCCACACCGGGUUUCCUGGUGUAUCAGGGAAAUACAUCUACUGUCCCAGUAAAGUCUUCUCUCUGUACAAAGCAGAAGGAAUGACGGAGGAAAUGACGUGGAGACAGUUCUGUCAGUCUUCCUUUUAUGAGACAGAAAAGAAAAGAUGGGUAGCAGAAAAACAGAAGGGAUUGUUGAUGUGCUGGCCACAGCUUUGUGAUGUUGAAUACUGUAAAUAAGGUAAACAUUUUGUUAUUGUGCAAUACUGUUUUCUGAUGGUUAAUGAUGCAUGCCUGGAUGAUUACUCUUCUCAAGGUCCUUGUUUUAACCCUCACACUGUCCUAAUGGGUGUGAUCCUGCGAGGAAAGUUGACCAUUUACCAUUUGAUGGUUUAUCCCUUGGGUCCACGUGGCAGCGGUGAGGAGUGAGCACCACCUCACCGCUGCCACGUGGACCCAAGGGAUAAACCAUCAACCCUGCUCAAUGGUCAACUUUCCUUGAGGGGUCACCCAUUAGGACAGUGGGAGGGUUAAAGAAAGUUACAUUUCUUCCAUUUUUUAAGUGUCCAGCACUUUUUGUAAAUAGCUAAAAUUGUGGAGAUGGAUCAUUCUAUCUUUAAAUUUAUUGCUACUAUUCAAAU